UUUAGCCUGAGGAGCAUGUACAGGAGUAUGAACAAGCUGAGCUCUCCUGUGCUGCUGGUCAUCCGAGAUACCGAUGGGCAGACGUUUGGGGCCUUCUCCUCCACUGCCAUCCGACUCAGCAGCUGCUUUUAUGGCACAGGGGAGACUUUUCUCUUCUCCUUCUCCCCAGAGCUAAAGGUGUUUAAGUGGACAGGCACCAACACUUUCUUCAUGAAAGGAGAUGUAGAUUUGCUAGUGAUUGGCGGAGGCAGUGGCAAGUUCGGCCUGUGGCUGGAUGGGGACCUGUACCAUGGGGGAAGCCACCGCUGCGAGACAUUUGACAACGAAAUCCUGUCGCCCCAGGAGCAAUUCUUUAUUCGGGACCUGGAGGUUUGGGCCUUGACCUGAGCCCACCACGCCGGGGGCCGUGGGAACUGACUGCUUUCACAUGGACCCUGGCUAGGCCUGGCAGCUGUUCCCAGCAGUGUCUGGAACCCUUCCAGAGGGUGGUGCUCAGCCCCUCUUCCCCUUACGCACAAGGCUUUGCCAGGCUGUGCUCCUUUCUCCUCCCCAGCCAGCACUUACGCUCCAGAGGGCAGCGGGGGCGUUCCCACCCAUUUUCCUGUCAGGGUGCUCACCCUGCGGGGCAUCAGAGCAGCCCCAGUGGGUGGCUCCACAAGCACUGGAUUUCAAUGCAAACGGAAUCUCACAGGCAACUGGGCAAUUUAAAAAUAAAAUUCCCAUGUGAAGCGACAGUGUUAGCAGCAGGGGAGCUGCCUGCUGGGCCAUGCCCUGCCAGUCAGUGCCGUGAACUUGGGAAGUGAGCUCAGCCGUUGUUCACAGUGAGUGAAGGCAACUUACCCUCCUCCCUGGCAGACACAGCAGGGGCAGCAUGAGGGUAUUGACAGGUGCGUGCUGGGCACUGCCAGUGUUUAGAGCUCCAUGAGAUGUGAGGGCAGGGCCCUCCCCCAUCCCUGCUCUCAGAGAAGCUUAUUGAAGUUAGGCCAACACCAGUAUCAGUGGUGCCUGAAAAGCUACACAAAAGAGGCACAAGGACCACACGUUUUUCUGUUGCUUGUAAUGAGAUGGGCCUGAAUCAAAGCCCUGAUCCCAGCACCCCAAGUUGCAGGACAGCUCAGGUCCAAACUCUGUCACUGUCUCCUGUCCCUGUAACAGGCCAAAACAAAUCCCACAGCAAAAUCCCUCCUGACUCCUCCUCCCAUGAAGUCAUGGGGCAGUGCAGGGCCUGAGCAGAGUA